AAAUAAAAUGCCUGGGGUGUCUAUUCUGCGUAAUCGCCAAAGUGGCCGGAAGUCGCUUCCUACCGGAAGAGAUUAGGAAACGGACCGGUGCCGGAUGUUGCUGUAGUCUCAGCUAGGUCGACGCUGUCGGUUAAGCCUGCCGCACAGGCGCGGAGAGCCCUGGCCACGCCCGUUUAAGAACGCGAUGCGGUGACGCCCCUGAACCACCAUGGCAGCGGCUGACGAUCUGGCCUUCCACGAAUUCGAGGAAGCCACCAAUCUUCUGGCUGAGACCCCAGAUGCUGCUACCACCAGCAGAAGUGAUCAGCUGACCUCCCUGGGCCACGUGGCUGUGGCAGCGGGCACUGGUAGCAGCUAUGGAGCUGAGGACGAGGUGGAGAGCGACAAGACAGCGCUGCUGCAGGCGGAGAAGCCACAGCCUGGGUUCUGGACCUUCAGCUACUAUCAGAGUUUCUUUGACGUGGACACCUCCCAGGUCCUGGAUCGGAUCAAAGGUGCACUGCUGCCCCGGCCUGGCCACAACUUUGUACGGCACCAUUUGCGGAAUCGUCCCGAUCUGUAUGGUCCCUUCUGGAUCUGCGCCACCCUGGCCUUCGUCCUGGCUGUCACCGGCAACCUGACACUGGUGCUGGCCCAGAGGAGGGACCCCUCCAUCCACUACAGCCCCCAAUUCCACAAGGUGACCAUGGCAGGGAUCACCAUCUAUUGUUAUGCAUGGCUGGUGCCGCUGGUGCUGUGGGGCUUCCUGCGGUGGCGCCAGGGUGUGCAGGAGCGCGUGGAUCCCUACAGCUUCCUGGAGACCGUGUGCGUGUACGGCUACUCACUCUUUAUCUUCAUCCCCAUGGUGGUCCUAUGGCUCAUCCCUGUGCCGUGGCUGCAGUGGCUCUUUGGGGCGCUGGCCCUGGCCCUGUCCACGGCCGGGUUGGUGCUCACCCUCUGGCCCGUCAUCCGCGAGGACACCAGGCUGGUGGCCGUGGCCCUGCUGUCCACUGUGGUGCUGCUCCACGCCCUCCUGGCCAUGGGCUGUAAGAUAUCUCUGCUCAGCUCUAUUUCUUCCAGCCGCUGCCUCUGGAGCAGGUGGCACCUCCAGCCCAAGUGACAUCUUUAGCCCUGCACACACAGCUGCCUCCCACCCUGGCCCGGUCUAUGGGCACCUCGUAGGAAGGCCCAGGCCCAGUCCCACAGGUGAGGCGCUGCCUCCCGCUGUGGCCAAGAGAGGUGAAAAGGCCUGGGCACUGGGAGGAGCCUCGCUUUCAGGCCAGACCUCAGGGGACACCGCCUGCCCUGACCCCGGCGAGGACCAAAGGCUCCCUUGACCCUUCAAGACCACUCUGCUACUGUCCACAUUUUUCUUACAAAGCAAACACUUUUAUUUUCUAUGCAAAGGUGAUCCAGAGAAUUUAUAUAAAGGUGGGGAGGGUAGCCGAGCAGGGAGCUUCCAGGGCAGCUCAAGUGACACAGCCACAGGACAGGGCCCCGAUGCCCUACAGUGGGGUACCCCAGCCCUGCCUCGAGCACACGCAGCAGGCCUGGGCCUGACCUCCAGCUUGAGAGGUCAGGUGCUAGGAACAAGAGGGUGAAGAAAACUGCCUGUGCUGAAACGUACAUUUCCUUGCUCUUUUUUUUUUUUUUCCUUUUUUUGGAGGGAGAGGUCCCUGCAAGGUCCCUUUCCCAGCUGAGGAGGGUCCGAAUGCUUUUGCAGCAGUGGGGACUGGAGCAUCUACAAGUCUGGAGGGGACACACAGGCCUAACGUCAGUUACACAGGGAGAGGACACCUUUGAGACAGGCUGGAGGUUUCUGUCUGCCCGUGGCCCAUGGUGACAGUCCGCCUGCUCAGCUCUUGGCAGAGGGGAGGGGAGCUGCAGGGCUCAGGGACAGGACAGCAGCUGAGUCGGCCAAGGACAGGCCUGCAGAUAGCCGGGGCUACAUUCAAGUGUGAGGUGACCCUGGGCGGGAAGGGCCACCCCUCCCUCCCGUGGGGCCUGCGGCUGCGCCCGGCCGGCCGGGUUUCUCAGAGGGUCUGUGAAUUGACACUGGUUCUUUUCGUAAAAAAAUAAAAUUAAAAAAAGCAGCAUGUCAU